AUGAAGAUGGAGCCGUUGAGAAGCGAGAAACCGGCGAGCGCUGCACCGAGGCCGCAGCUGAAGUGCAGCCACGUCAACUGCGCAGCCGCUUUCACCAGGCAGUGGAAACUCAAGGAGCAUGAGACGGUGCACACCGGAGAGCGGCCGUGCCAGUGCGCAGUUGCAGGCUGUGGUCGACGUUUCACGAGGAAAUCUCACCUGAGCCGCCACAUGCUGCAGCACAAAGGAGACAAACAGUUCAAGUGCAUAUUUGCGACCUGCACCAAGACUUUCCUCACCUCGAGCAAACUGAAAAGACACGUGGGAUGCGCCCACGCAGCGAAAAACAAGUUCUUCGCGUGUAACCAGCCCAACUGCUCCUUGACCUUCAAAAAGCGCAGGCUGCUGAAGCUGCACUUGAAGGAGCAUGAUGUGUCUGCGGAGUUCAAGUGCACAGAGGACGGAUGCAACGCUACGUUCGUCUCCCACAUCGCCCGCAAUGCUCAUAAGAAGAAGCACGCAGGUUACCGCUGCCCACAUGCCAACUGCAAGGUGCAGGAACACACCUGGGGGAAGCUCCAGAAGCACAUGGCUAAACACUCAGCCACCUUCGAGUGCCCAGUGUGUAAGAAGGUGUUUAAGAAGGCCGAAACACUGCGCAGGCACAAGUGGAUCCAUGCUUCCCACAAGCCUGUCCUGGUCUGUCCCAGGAAGGACUGCCAGGCCUACUUCUCCACCACCUUCAACCUGCAGCACCACAUCCGCAAGGUUCACCUCGAGCUCCUCAAGUACACGUGCGCCUUCCCUGACUGCCCACGCAAGUUUGCUAUGCGGGAGAGUAUGAAUAGACACCUGCUUCACCAUGACCCAAGUGCCACCACUCUGAAGAAACGUCAAAGGGCCAAGAAAUCGUGGCAGAAGCGCCUGAACGGAAACCACCACCCCCUUGUGGAGCAAAACCUGCAUCGCCUCUUCGCCCUGCGCAUGCGCAUCUCCAGACGGACGAAAGUGGAGACCAACCUCUCGGGCCUCUUCAACGAACGCAAGAUCCCUCAUUACGUUGACCCGGAGGUCAACCUGCGCAGCCUGUUCGGCAUCAAACAGUCCCGUCCUUUGGAGGAGAAACCGGAGGAGGCUCCACUGGAAGAGGAAAAGGCUCCGGCAGUUUGA